AUGUUCAGCAGCACCAAGAUCUUCGCUUUGUACGCUGUCGCUAUGGCCGUUUCCAACCGUGGCGCACAUGCUGAAAAAGCAGUCGCCGAGACGUUUGGACUACUCGGUGGUCACGGUGUGGGUGUAGCCGUCCCGGGUGUUGCAAGCGUCGGUGUCGCAGCUCCCGGCUACGUAGGCGUGAAUGGCCUUGGUGUUGGUGUCGGCUUGAAUGGCCCCGGUGUCGGUGUCGGCUUAAAUGGCCCCGGUGUCGGUGUCGGCUUAAACGGCGUUGGCCUCCGUGUCGGCCAUGGCGGAUACCCCGAUGGUGUCGGUUUGAACGGCGCUGGUGCUGACAUCGGCGUUGGUGCGGACGUUGGCGUUGAUGCUGACGUUGGCGUCGGCGGGUAUCCCGGUGGUGUCGUGUAUCCGGGCACCGUCGAUGUGACUGGCAACCCUACAGUCGGCGCUCAUGAUGUCAACGUGAAGACCGGCGGGGGGCAACGGCGGCUCGAGCGAGACUGUGACUGUGACGAACGGCGAUGGCACCAGUACCGGAACGGCCUCCACUAG